AUGGAGACUGUUAACAAACAUUUACCUGAAACUGCAAGUGAAGAAAAUGAUUUUGACAUAGAAAUUAUACAUGAAAAUGUAAAUAAAAUUGAAGAAAACAAACUUUUGAAAUUAGUCGAUAAAAAUACUAAAGUGAAAAAGGCCAAAAUAAAAACGAUCAAAACGAAAAAAAGAAAAUUUUCCGAUAGUGAUUCAUCGAAAAAAGCCAAAAGAAAAAAAGAAGAUAGAUUGACAUCUGAUUUUAAUGAUUCAAUAAAUGAAAAUUCUAUUAAAUCUGUGAAUGAUGAUAAAAUAAAUAAAAAUAACUCUGAAAAUUUAAAUAAUUGUAAUAAAUUAUCAUCCGAUGCAGAAGUGCCUAAUUCUUUGCCAAACAGUGAGCAUGAAGAAAAUUUAUUAAAGGAAAAAUAUAAAACAAUUUCACAGAAAAAGCUUAAAGUGAUAACCAAUGUAUGCAAAGAAACAUUGUGCACAUUGAUGAAAUUCGAAUUGGAUUUGCUACAAACCAUGAAUUCAUCGUUAAGAAUUUUAAAAGAGCAUAAUUUUUUAACUAAUAGAUUUCUUACUCCUGACAUAUUAAUUCAAUUAAUUGAAUUAGCUCUUCAAAAUCAGGGAGAGGAGGAAAUAAAUUUAGAAAAUAAAAAAAUGUUUGAUAAUAUUGUUUCAAAUUUAGCCACAUCUAAAAUGUCUUAUAAAAAUAAAACAAAAAUUUUACCUUCUUCCAGUCCGAAUGUAAAUAAAUCAGUUUUACAAGAUUUGCAAACCAGUUCGAUAUGGAACUCAAACUAUAAUGAUUUAAAUCAAUCUUUGCCCGAUACACAAAAUGAAUCUUCAAAAUUUGAUCAAGGAACGUCAAAAUCACAUUUUAAAAAUUUAAAAGCUAAACUUUUACAAUUUCACGAUAAUAGAAGGCCACCGUAUUGGGGAACAUGGAGAAAAAAAUCUAAAUUUAUCAAACCUCGAAAACCUUUUGGUAAAGACGAGAUAUUCAAUUACGAUGUUGAUUCUGAUGAUGAAUGGGAAGAAGAAGAGGAACCGGGUGAGUCGUUACUCGAUUCUGACGGUGAAAAAGAACCGGAAGAAGACUACGAAGUUGAUAAUGAUUUUUUCGUACCUCACGGAUACCUUUCGGAUGAUGAAAAUCCUGAAAAAGAAAAUGUGCCUUUAAAAUCAAAACUUAAUUUAUUAGAAGAACAAUUAUCAUCGGAAUUAAAACAAAAAACUAGAAAAAUGAAUCCGAUAGUUUUUGGAACUUUCUGGAUGAGUAAAAAAUUACAAACGUCGUCUGCUGAAAGAUCAUUAUUUGAAGAUUUACGGCUUGAAGAAUUCCAAUAUGUCCCUUGGUCGCCAUGUCCGAUAAAAAUUGAGAAUGAAAUUAACAACGCGGAAGACAUAAACGAUUCUCCGAGUCAGUUAAAAAGAAAACGUUCGAAAGCGGCUUUUCCAAAGGAAGAAGUUCCGCUAUUAAUAAAAUUAGUUCACGGUAGUCCACAAAACGGAAGUAAUUUAGCAAAUAAAUUUUUAAACUCUAGACAAUCGGAUAAAACGCAAAGUGAAAAAAUGUCGAGUUUGACGAAAAAAUGCGUUAUUAAUAAAAUAAAAGAAUUGGCCACGAGACAAAUAAGCAAGGAUAAAAAAAAAAUGUGUUGGUUGGUAUCGAAAGAAACUCAGGAAAAAUUUGGAGCCGAUGUCGAACCAGAAAUAGUCGAAAAAAAACCGCAAAAAUGUUACAUAUGGAAAUUUAUAAAAAAAAAUGAAAAAACGGUGGCUCUUGCUUCUCAAGUGCCUGAAAAAUCAUAA